GGUCGUUCGUUUCGUCUUGCAGCUUCCGGGUUUGCGGCUGCGGCCAUUUUGAGCUUCGCUUCCUUUCGCUCUCGCCCGCCACCCAGCCCUAACGUCUGUGUAUUUCGCGCCUCCGUGUGGGCCGCGGUCUCCGGAAACGUUGCCGCCGCCGCCGUGUGAGGGGUCUUCUCUAUGGUGGAGCGGUCUCACACGGACUAGGGCGCCUCCAUUCUCGCCGAGAUGGACGUAGUCGCGGUCGCCACCGCUUGCGCGAGCCGCCCGGCCGUACGGUACAUCGCUCGCUACGGAAGCCGCCGCUCUCUGGGCCUCUGCUGGCGCGGGAAUCGGAAUGCAGUACCCACUCCGUGUCUGGGCAAGGCUAAGACUGUGUAGGCCUCGGAUCCUGCCCGCUCUGACGCCGCUGAGCUCCGUACUCGUGCCCGAGAAGUUGCCAAGGAAAGGAGAUGGAGACGGGAACACACAGGGCUCGGAAGCGGCCUACCUCUCGGAUGGGCUCCUGGUUCCGGCUGCCCUUCCUUCGGCGUUCGCACGCCUGCACUUCCGAGUUCCCGAAGCCUUCUUCUCGACCAAAUCUCGAGGUCUCCGCCCGGCCCGAGCCUCGGACCAGGUACUGGACCAAAUUGCUUUCCCAGCUCCUUGCCCUGCUCCCUAGCUUGCUCCAGAAGCUGCUUAUUUGGAGUCAGCUUUUCGGUGGCAUGAUUCCGACCAGAUGGUUAGAUUUUUCAGCAAGUUACAGCGCUCUAAGAGCUUUGAGAGGACGGGAGGAAUCAGCCGCUCCCACAGUGCAGAAAUCUUUGAAUUCUCUGCGGCUGGACUCUUCUUCGGAAGACUUGGUUGUCAGUUCUCUUGAUUGGCUAGAGGAGGGACUCCAGGGGCAGUGCUCGUCCUCAGACCUGGAAUUGAAAUUCAAGGCCCAGGAAAGAGCUUUAGACUCUACAGCGCACACUUUCCUCUUGGAGCAGCAGCUGUGGGGAGUGGAGUUGCUGCCCGGUAGUCUUCAAACCGGUCUAGUCUCCCACCGAGAACUUGGCUCUUCAUCCUCUGGGCCUCUGAGUACUCAGAGCUUGGGCAAUUUCAAGGUAGUUUCCUAUCUCCUGAACCCUUCCUACCUGGACUGCCUUCCCCAGUUAGAGCUGCGCUGUCAGAACAGCGUCGGAGGUGGCCAACUUGUGGAUUUCCGAACACUAUCCCCAGAGAGCUGCUACCUUUCUGAAGAUGCUUGUCACCCUCAGCCGCUGUGUGCUGAGAUGUCGGCAACUGCCUGGCGGAGGUGUCCGCCCCUCUCUACAGAAGGCCUGCCAGAAAUCCACCACCUUCGGAUGAAACGACUAGAAUUCCUUCAGGCAAACAAGGGGCAAGAGUUACCCACCCCUGACCAAGACAAUGGCUAUCAUAGCCUGGAGGAGGAGCACUGCCUUCUCCGGAUGGAUCCGCAACAUUGCACAGAUAAGGCAGCACAGGCAGUCUCCCCUGCUGGAGCCAGCCCGCAGCCCACUGAGAAAAAAGUAGAAUUGGUGGUUGAGGAAGUUUUACAGAGCCCCCAGGGAAGCAGUCUGUCUUGUGAGUUAAGUGUGCAAAAAGAAUGUGAAGACUACUCAGACAUAGGGGGUAACCUUCCAGUCUCUACCAGACCAGCUUGUACCAACAAACUGAUAGAUUAUAUUUUGGGAGGAGCCUCCAGUGACUUGGACACCAGCUCCGAUUCUGAAAGUGAGGAUUGGGAUGAGGAACCUGAGGAUGAUGGUUUUGAUAGUGAUGGCUCCCUAUCUGAAUCAGACAGGGAACAAGACUCCGAAGGGCUUCACCUUUGGAACUCUUUCUACAGUGUAGAUCCUUACAACCCCCAGAACUUUACAGCCACAAUUCAGACUGCUGCCAGAAUUGCCCCCAGAGACCCAUCUGAUUCAGAGAAGUCCUGGUCUGGCAACUCUGAUGUAGGGAGUUCUCAGGCCACACUCCUUCCCCAGACCCCUGACCAGAGUUCCGGGGAGGAGGAUGACUGGGAAUCCAGUGCAGAUGAAGCAGAAAAUCUUAGAUUGUGGAACUCUUUCUGUAAUUCUGAGGACCCCUACAACCUUUUAAAUUUUAAGGCUCCUUUCCAAACGUCAGGGAAGAGCUGGAAAGGCAGUCAGGCAUCCUCUGAGGCCACAGUGGUCUUUUCUGGGCAUCAGACCUUACUUUCUUGUGAGGCACAACUGUUAGAGAGCCAAGAAGACAAUUGUCCAGGCUGUGGGCUGGGUGAGGCACUUUCUGGAGAAAGAUACACCCAUAUCAAGAGAAAAAAGGUAACCUUCCUUGAAGAAGUUACUGAGUAUUAUAUAAGUGGUGAUGAGGAUCGCAAAGGACCAUGGGAAGAAUUUGCAAGGGAUGGAUGCAGGUUCCAGAAACGAAUUCAGGAAACAGAAGUCGCCAUUGGCUACUGCUUGACAUUUGAGCAUAGAGAAAGAGUGUUUAGUAGACUGCAAGACCACGUUUCAAAGGACUUACUGUUGUACAGCAGUGCUAAGCAGAGGGAGCAGCCUGCAGCCCUCACCCACUCCAUCUCUUACUUGAGAGGUUUCUCUUAAAAACAAACACUGGCAGCUGUCCUUGGACAUGUUUUUAAAGAAACAACUUGUUUCUAGUGAUGUAGUUUUUUUUGGGUAAUGUGUCUCAUUAGAAACACACAACUCCAAUAAUGAAGGAUCUCUAAUCUUUAAUCCUUUCUUUUCCUAUAUAGUUGGAUGUGGGUUUUGUUUUUUUUUGAGAGGGUCUCACUGCAUAGUUGGCCUAGGUAUGUAGACCAGGUUGGCCUUGAAAUCGAUAUCUUUUUGUCUGUUUCCUGUGGCCACCAUGCCCAGCUGGAAGUGUUUUUAAAUAUCCUCUGCUAACCUGAGAUGAGAGGGGCCCUUUGAGUUUAAUUCUGCACUUUCAAAAUAUUUUUUUCUGGAGGCAGAGGCUGGUCAGGCCAGCUGGGCUAUGUGGUCCUAGAGGGCAAGCAGAACAGAACACAGACUACUGUAGAGACAGAGGCAGGAGGAGAGACAGUACCAGGUCUGCCUGGAACUCAGCUCAAAGCCAGCGUGGGGCGUUUAGCAAGACCUUUUCACUUUGAACUCAGCUGGGGAAAUAGCUCAGCAGCAGAGGGCCCUGCCUACUUGUGCAAGGCCCUGGGGUCAGUCUCCAGUACUGCAAGGAGAGAAAAAAAGUCUUGGAUAACCAUAAGGUUUAAGCCUCAUAUUCAGUCCUAACUCAAAUUAUGCAUACUUAUCUAAAAACUGAGUUCUUGUAUGCUUUUUCUAUUCUAAAAUCAGUGGGUUUUAUAUGUUUUUUUUUUCAUAUAUUUGUAUGUCUGUUUUAUAUUUUGAAACGGGGGAUUGAAGCAGGGUCUCACUGUGACCUUGCGUAUGGCAGUCUUCCUGCUUCAACCUCCUGAGUGUUGAGAUACUUGUGUUGGUUUUUGGUUUGUUUGUGUUUUGGUAGUCUAGGCUGGCCUUGAACUCAUUACUUAGCCAAGGAUGACUUGAAGAGAUCCUCUUGUCCUCUGUUUGGAUUGCACAUGGCAUGUGCCAUACUUCCAGAUGUUUUUCUAUAUCUAGGUCUAUUUAAGAUAUUUCCAAGGACUGCCACAAACCCACAAGUACAGUACUUUCUUGACUGGGAAGCCGUGUUGGUAUGCUUCUUAAAGGCAUAUGCCGUGUUGCCCAGCUGGUCUGCCAAACUUUAACAUGUAAUGUAUUUGGUUCCUGUGCAAACUCCAUUUAGAAGGCUUCUGUGUGUUGUAGCUCCAGUUGAAUGCGGCUUUUGUAGCUCUCAAGAAUGGGCAAAGAUUGUAAAGCACUCUGGGAAGUGAUCAUUGCAUUGUAGACUUUUAGUUUUUAAACUUAGAAGCCUAGAAUUUUUCUAGGAGGUAUGUAGGAGACGUCUCAGAAAUUUGUUGUAUGUAUCUUAAAACCAGUGUUACUUAUACCCUGCCUCAGCACUGGCACUUUUCAAACCCGUCUUAGUGACCCUCUAAACUUGGAUUGUACAGUUCUGAGUUUUCAAGUAUGAAAUGUCAAAUACAAAGGUCAAAUCCAGGUUGGUUGUGUUCUACCUUAGAUAGAGAGAAGCAAAGCAGAAAUACAGAUAGAACAGCCACAAAGUCUUUUUUUUUUUUUUUUUUUGGUUCUUUUUUUUUGGAGCUGGGGACCGAACCCAGGGCCUUGCUCUUCCUAGGCAAGCGCUCUACCACUGAGCUAAAUCCCCAACCCCAGCCACAAAAUCUUAGUGUCCUCCCCGAAGCUUGCUUUUGAAUAGAGUGUGGUGAUUGGGCAUGCUUGUUCAGGUAGCUUCACCUCUGUGCAUGCGCAGCUCUUUGGUCCCAGUCCUUACCCUGGGACUGAAUGUGCACUAAAGAGAGGCGCUCUGGAUUGGUCGUGAGGAUGAGCUUUUCUCACAAGAACUGGCAGGGUAACUACCUCAGUUUACAAUCUCCUGGUUAUUCCGCCUGAUGUGCUCUAAGGUCUGCCUCAGUGGUGUCAGAUGUCAAUCCACACACAGUAGGAAGAGUGCAGUACUAGAAACCUUAGGCUUAUUUUUCGAGAAUCCUCAUUUCUGUGGAUUUUGUGCACCUGCCUUUUGUGAACUCCAGAGAGGGCGUUGCAGAAUCUGGUUUAGUGCUGUGGAAAUGGGCUAGUUUAAAAGCUGUGUUGUUUGGAAAGCAGGCGUGUUGACUUUAGGAAGAAAAACUGUAACAAUGUGUAGACACUUCUUUUAAAACCAGACUGCAGCUUAACACUUGAUUUCAGAUGAUUAGGUUGUUUUUCUUUCUGAGACCCUAGCACCUGUAUAUUUGCAAGGGACGGGAUAUCUAUACAUUGACAGUGUGUUUGAGAUGUUUGAAAAUUGUUCCAGAUUAUACCCUCACUAUCAAAUGAAUAAAUGACUGGUUAAAAUAAUCACGCCUGCAGAGAUGGUCAAAUGGUGGCAAAGACAGAAGGGUCUAAACUGAAGGAGAAAAACAAAAUUACUGUCAUUGUCAUCGAAUCCCAAGGAAAGAACACCUCCGAGGCAAGGCAGGCAUGGCGGUUCUAGCUGAACACUUACACUCAGUCUUGCAGUGGUGCUUUAGAGAUCUCUGUAGCAUGUGAGGCUCUGUACAGGUGGGGACCCACACUUCCGAGUGCUGAAAUGUGGCAACCCUUAUCUAACUUGAAAUCAAAACCGUCAGAUUUUAUUUUUUAUAAUUUAAGAAAAGUAGAGACGGAAUGAGAAAUUUUUUUUUUUUGGAAUGAGAUGUUUGAGUUGGUUUCAGAUCAUUUUACAUGUAACUAGUGUAGAUUUUAUAGCGGAGAUUAUAUUUGUAUAUAAUUAUUAACUAAUCUGUAAAUUGUAAUAAAUAUAUUUGCAAUUAUUAAAUGCU